CUUCGUGCUCUUCGACAAUCUUCCGGCAGCAGCGUCACCAGCUCCGCCUCGUCGACCCAGUGCUCCAACGUCGGCGCCUUCGUUUAACUUGGCCAACCAAGGGUUUUACAGCUCUUCGGCUCCGUCUUCGUCUGUUAAUAUCCAACGACCGCCUCGUCCACCUGUCCCUCUGUUUGCAAGUAACAGUGCCGGGAAUAUAAAUCAAGCUUCGCAGCCCCGCCCGACCGCAGCUAUGAACGACGAUUUCAACUUUGACACCGGCCUCGCCGACCCGUUCAACUGGGAAGAUGCGACCGUCGGAGCAGGCUUCACCGCCAUCAACAAUGCUCCAGGUUCCACCUCCACCCAAACGGUGUCUCCGAAGGACCUGUUCAACGUCGAUCCGCUCGCGUCCGCUCCGCCCUCGGCGGCCUUCACGAACUUGACGUCUCCGUCCAUCAACGGGUCUCCCUUCGUUGGGGACACCUAUGAUACCUCGCCCAUCUUCCAGGAUGAGGGCGAAAUGGGCGCCCACAACUGGUUCUCGCUCUUCCCGGACAGCACCGAUAAACCAUCCGCUCCUCUCGGCGAGCCGAUGGUCCGCGACAUGAGCAACCAGUCCGCCGCCAACCGUUCGAGCAGCUCCGCGUCCGACUCACCUGUCACACUCGAGUCUCGCCACCGCUCCGUCGGCUCCGGCAGCUUCUCAUCGCUGUCCGGCAUCACCAAGUCUCGCCGGCGAAAGGGUCCGCUCCCGCCGAUCGAGGUCGACGGUGGCGACAAGGUGGCUCUCAAGCGCGCUCGAAACACCCUGGCCGCGCGUGACUCCCGCCAGCGCAAGCUCGAGCAUGUCAACUAUCUCGAAUCGGAGAAAGCGCGCCUCGAGCAGUCCGUCGUCGAUUUGACGAGCGAGAACAACUCGCUGCGCGACCGCCUUAACCGUGCAGAGGCGCGCUUGUCCAACUCGGGCGCCGCGUUCGACGGCAAUGUGUUUUGAUUCGGGAUUGGACAGGUUAUCGACGUUAUUCUUGGUAUUCCCACCCGGUUGAACGCACAUCGGGAUGACGAUUGUUCAUCCACGUAUUCUGAUCUCCCUUUGGCUGGUGGCUCGUGUCUCUGGUGUGGGGAUGCAGCACCACGCCUGUUCCUCAAAAGUUCUUAUGAUGUGUGUGCGUGUGGACGGUUCAUUGUCUAAGCGGAUUCGUCUUCCUUCCGAGGAGGAUGUUUCCUGCUCUUAGACCUUUCCUUGUUUCCUACCUGGUACUACUGUUUGCUUUUAUCCACACCACUUCCUCCCUUACCCUGGCCGGUUCUGACGUCUCCCUUCUCGUGAGGGAUUGACUCGUGGCCAUGCACUUUGCGCUUCAUUUGAGAGAGGUUUUCCGAUGCUCAUCGCAUCUCUGGUUUU